GGAUUAUACUGAAGUUGGAAUAUCUGUCAAUUUACAUUUUUUUAAACAAUGAAAAAUAUUUUGUGCUAAUGUUUAUUGAAAUAGUAUAGUGAUUGGAAAAAUUAGUUAAGGUGGCUGUGCUCGAUAAGGUGCAUGUACUUGCUGUUCCUCAAAGUCCUCCUCUGCUCCAUUUGCUUUAUUACUUUUAAAGUUAAAUAAAUUAUUUCUUAUUAAACUAAUUGAAAAAGUGGCAAUUUGAACAUUUGUUUUUUAAUCUAAUUUCAUAGUAGUUUUCAGCUAGUAUUAAUUUAAUAAUUUCAUUCUUAAUUUAUAAGAAUUUACUAGCCACGUGUUUUUUAUAAUUUUUUCAAAAUACGUGUUAUGAUAACAAAUGUUUGAAUGAUGUAGCACUAAAAAACCUAUCUAACAAAUGUAGACUAACUUCGAUUUUACAAAAUUCUAAAUUGAAACGAAACAAUGAAAAGUGUUCAAUACAAAGCUGUGGGAAACAACGCCGAAAAAGCGGCUGACCAGACAAUAUCAACAAUGAGUGCUGCCAGCAUGUAUUAUCAAAAACUGAAAAUCUACAUAACCGGUGUUGGCAUGGAAAUCUACACCACUCAGAAAAUUGUUUUGCCAGUCUAUACAGAUGGCGUUGAAUUUACCAAAACGUGGAGUGAUUACAAAGUCAAAAAUGUAAUGGAUAAUGCUCCAUCGCACGACACCACAAUGCUGGUUUUAAAUGCCCAUUAUGGUACGGUGCAGGGAAAGACCCAAUUCGGAGCAACGUUGGGAGUGGCCCAGUUAAGAUCGAUGUGCAAAUGGACGUCAGCUUUAUGGAUUUCUCUGCACACCGAUCCUGUGACGUCUGCUUCUACGUAUACUCAUGAGUUGGGACACGUCUUUGGGAUGAGACACACGGAAGAGGUCCCUGGAUGUAAGUGCAAUCCUCCGCCUUGUAUUAUGGAUGCCAAAACAAGUGCAAACAAGAAUAGCGUUUACUCAUGGGCUAGUUGCUCCAUAGAAACACUUGCCGAAGUUUACAGCGAACACGUUUGUCUUCUCAAGAGGAAAGCAGCAUUCGAGUUGUUUCCAGUUCUGUGUGGCAAUGGCUUGCCAGAUGUAGGAGAAGACUGUGACUGUGGAUCUUUUCCAGAAGAUUACUGUUCAAGAAAAUGUUGCGAUGUGAAAACAUGCAAAUUUGUUGUGAAUGGAUCAACAUGUGCCACAGGGUUGUGUUGCGAUUUGACGAAAUGUCAGGCGAUGUCAGCUGGAACCGUAUGCAGGAAAAGCAUCAACGAAUGCGAUCUGGAAGACAGAUGCGACGGCGUAUCGUUCUUAUGUGAGAACAGACGAAAACCAAAUGGACAGAUGUGUUCUAAUCAAGAGUAUUGCUACAAAGGUAAGUGCAACUCGCGUGAUUUACAAUGUUCUGAGUUCUGGUACCCUGGAACUAAGUCAGGAAACGAGAAAUGUUAUCAAUUUACCUAUGUGAAACCUGACGACUGUUUUCAUUGCGAUCACCAUGAACCGACAAAACAAAAUUUUCCUUGCGAAGAACGCAAUUAUAGAUGUGGCCGAUUACUCUGUUCCGUGCCUGGAAUCCAAUAUAAAAAACCAGUGAAGCAUCCUUACAGCGCUUACUCUGACACAUGUGUGUGUGCCAGUUACCGGUUCACUCGGGGAAGCAAGCACAUGUCGUACGUCAAAGAUGGAGUGAAGUGUGGCACGAACCAGGCUUGUUUCAACAGAGAAUGCAUCAAGAGGGCAACUCUCAUUGAGUUGUCAGACCACGAAACUGAUUACGGUGCUGGCAAUUUUCAACCAACAAUAGAAUUGGAUGAUGUGAUUAAAAUUUCUGUUAUUUUAUAUCACGUCAUGGAAAUUAGUUUUCGCAACUAACUAGUUCCUCGAAACAUUUGGAGAAUCUUUUCAUGUGCACUGAUGCAAAAUAUCUUCAGCGUUUAUUUUUUCACUAUAAUAAACAACAUUUUUCUUUACCAACCUUUGUCAUUUCAGUAUUAAAUUCAACAGCAGAAUUUGACAAAAUUACAUAGUAUUAUAAUUGCAUACAAACAUCAUUAUAAAAUUAAAAAUCACAUUUAUCUAAUCAGGUCAACUAAUUGCAUUAUAUUUGCAAACAUUUUUAUAUUUUGUUGUCAAUAAUUUUAAUUUUAUAACUCAAAAAAAUAGUAAAAACAGUUUGUUUUAUGUAAUAAAUUUAACAAAUACCAACGGUAAAA